GCGGCGAAAUUGCGGAAGUUUCUUUGCUGAGCUGAGAGUUCGGGCGCUUCCCGCUCCCUGGAACCCUUCCCGGGAAAGUCGGCCGGGGGGUCUGAGGGAUCUCGGCUCUUCCCGGGGGAGCUCAGCUGGGAAGCUGGUGUCGACCUUUUCCACCCAACUGCAAGCGGCGUCACCGAAAGUGAAUGGAGCGUCAACACCAAAGUUGCAAAAAAAGGGAUUUGUAACUCUAUCUUGAAGGGGGAAGACUGGUUGGGGAUUGAGACGUAACAGCUCCUAAAGUGUGGAAACUGCGUUUAAGUUUUGACUUUUCCACGACAGGGCCAGAGAAAUGUCUCAACGGUACUCUGACAGUAAUCUGGAAGAUAAGUCCCAGGCCUUGCUGCUGGAACAGUUUGGAUCUGACCUGCAGAUUAACCCUGGCACAAAGAAGCAGAGCCCAACCAAUGAGAAAUAUUCACUGCUGGGAGUGGAGAACCCGGCACUGAGCAGUGCCAGCUCCAUGCCCUCGCUCUCAGACGUGCCGAAGGUGGUUCUGAGCACGGAGAGCGCAGCAGCGUUGAAGUUAGGGCAUCAGCAAAUCAUUCCCAACAAACUGGCCGAGAACAUCAAGACGCGAAGGCGGCGGCAGGACACCUCGCCGCUGGGCAGGCAGGACAGUGGGCGCAGGGAGGUGCACAGCAUGCCGCCCUCUGACCUCCGCUACGAGGACGGCAAGGAGUUGGGGGGCUCGGGCGGGUCCCUGCAGCGCAACCGGCGCAACAAGUCGUACAAGGUGGCGACCGGCGGCUUCACGGAUUUCUCGGACGAGAAGGAACUGCUGGCAGUGCCCACGCUGACAACUGUCUCGGAGACAACAGCUGUGCAGCCGCCCCGGAGCCCGGGCAGGACCAAGCGGACCCUGGGACGGAAGAAAGGCCCCAGAAAUCGGAGCUCCUUUAAGGAUGACCCGAGGCUGUACCAGGAGGUGCGGGAGAGGGGCCUGGCCAUCGUUCCAGAAUCAGACGACGACUUGCUGGAUGACACGGAGCACUUGGAGUCCACGGAACCCAGUGAGCAGAUUGUAGUUCAGAAUUACCGCCGGCCGCAGAUGACCUGGAGCCAGUUGCCACAGGUAAUCGAGAAAGGGAUUCUGCACACACUGUCGAAUGAGGAACGCAAGAGGCAAGAGGCCAUCUUUGAGAUCAUUGUGUCUGAAUUCAACUACCAGCACAGCCUCAAUGUCCUCAUCAAUAUGUUCAGGAACUCCAAGGAGCUGCAGAAGACCAUGACUUCGACUGAACGCCACCAUCUCUUCUCCAACAUCUGUGAUGUUCAGGAGGCUAGUAAGAGGUUUUUCGAUGAUUUGGAAACACGCCACAAGGAAAACCCAGUAAUCCGGGACAUCAGUGACAUCGUGGAACGCUAUGCGACAGAUCACUUUGAUGCUUAUGUUGUGUACUGCUCCAAUGAAAUCUACCAGCAGAGAACCCUGCAGAAGUUACUCGACUCGAAUACACAGUUCAAAGAGGUUCUGCAGCAGAUUCAGAGCAAACCAGACUGUGGUGGGCUGCCCAUCAUCUCCUUUCUCAUCCUGCCCAUGCAGAGGGUGACCAGGCUGCCGCUUUUGGUGGAUACGAUUUGUCAAAAGACCAAUCGGUUUCAGCUGGAAUAUGAAACAGCCACUCGAGCACUGAAGGCCAUCAGUAAGCUGGUGAAGAUGUGCAACGAAGGAGCUCGGAGAAUGGAGAGGACAGAGCAGAUGUACAUGAUCCAGACACAGCUGGACUUUGGGAAGAUCAAGGGUUUCCCACUGAUUUCUGCUUCACGAUGGCUGCAGAAGAGCGGAGAGGUGUCCACGUUCGCUGAAGAAUCUGGAAUCUUUGGCAAAGUGUUUGGGAAGCAAACCUGCUUUCUCUUUCUCUUCAACGACGUGUUGAUCAUCACCCGGAAACGAAGUGAGGAGAGUUACAUGGUGCAGGACUAUGCCAAGUUAGACCAGCUGGAGGUGAUCCCCUUGGAGAGCAACGAUUCCCCGCACUCCCCUCCGGGGAAAGCCACAGGGGGCGGGACACACCCUCGCACCGGCUCCAACCUGUACCCCUUCAAGAUCAUCAUGAAAAAGAACAGUGCUGGCGAACUCGAGCAAGUGGUCUUCGGCACAGACUCACAGAGUGUCCGAGCUCGAUGGAUCAAUGCCCUUCUGAAGAAGCACGAUGAUCUCGUCAAUAAAGAAGGUCUCCAGCAGGUGGAGGUCACCAAAGCAUACCUGGCCAAGCAGCCUGACGAGCUGUCGCUGCAGCAGGCAGACGUGGUGGUCAUUCUCGAGAAAGUAGACGGCUGGUACCAUGGAGAGAGGAUACGUGACUGGGAGAGAGGCUGGUUCCCCGAGUCGUGCGCCAAGGAGAUAACGAAUCACAUUGCCGUGCAGCGAAACGUCCAGCGAAUGGAGAGGCUGCGGAUUGAAACUGAUGUUUAGCCGACCUUCUGACCCCCUGCCCGGCUGUUGCAUCGAGACCAGACUUCUACCUCCCUGUAAUACACCAUGAUGGGUCCCCAUUUUAACAGGUUCCAGGUGGCAGUGCCACAUCUGCUCAUGCCCAUGCCCAUUGCCUCUUGACCAUGUCAGUAGCUGAAGGGGCAUUCAAAUGCCCUUCAGCAUCCCCAGGAGCUAAGCCUGUUGGAAUGGGUUGUCCAGGAACAGGGUCCUCCAAUUAUUUAAGCCUGGUAAGAAGACAAGUGCAUGUUUGUAAUAUAGUUUGCAAUGAACAAGUCCCAUCAAAUGCAGCCAAAAUGAAAUUCCUAUGCCUGCUCCUUGAUGGUGACGAGAAAUGAUUGGUAUUUAUGUCGACAAGCUCACCCGCUUAUGAGUGCUCCAUAUAAGGCACUUUCAGAAAAGUAAAUCGAAAUGUUGUGUUAUUUUAAACUCAGGGCCCAUGUGAAUUACUGGGAGAGGUUGGGGUUUCGGAGUUAACUCCAGUGAUGCCGAAUCGCAUCUGGACAGGUCCAGCUCCAGGACAUUUCUGAAGUUAUGCCAUCGUGAAUGUUUCAGGCCCAGUCGGGGUGGGUUUAAAAUAGUUGCAUAAUCUGCAAUCAGCCAGUGAGUGGUGACUUCAGUGUAGAUGCAGAUCCAAGUGAACCACGUCACUGCUUAUUCACCCUUGUCAAUCAGGACAUCAUGCAAGCCAGAGAUUGCACAAAAUCUGUUUCCCAACCCAACCUCCUUAAAUAAUAAAGAGAGCAAGUGGUUGCAACUGCGUGAGUGUGUGUAAGACUUAGCGGAAGGACGAGAAAGCAUACUGGGGAGAAGGGGGUCAAAGGCAAAGAGGGAGUGGAUGUGGGCAGUGUGUGAGUGGGGAGAGUAGGACAGCAAGUGAAUUAGGUCGUGACUAUUAAUAUGAGCAAAGCUCAUUGCCCUCAGAUCAUUUGGUGAGGAAUAUCCAACCAAAGAAAUUGUUUCAGUCGCCAGGACUUCUGCUCCUAGCUUUCACUUUGCAACGUCAGUUUUGUGAGCAGGAACACUUGUUUGAUCAGAACCCCAGAUCUGGGGGUUUUGCAACCUGAUUUGCUUUCUUUAUGGUGAACAGAGCUGGGGUGGAGAUAGAUUACUCAUUUCUUCAACCAAGCUCGGCUCUUUAAGAACCGACCACCUGCAGACGCUGGCAAUCUGAAAUAAAAUCGGAAAAUGGGGGAAAUUCUUAGUUGGUCAGGCUGCAUCUGUGGCGAGAGAAACAGAGCUAAAGUUUCAGGUCAUUGAGGUCGUUGAUAAGAAACGUACAGUUUGCUUCUCCCUUCAUGGACACCAAGUGUUUCCGGCAUUGCAUUUUUGCUGUUUUCUCAAAACCCUGGGAUGAUUGAGAGAUCAGUGGAUGCAACUGGAACAUCUGUUGCCUGUUGCAAAGCAAGGAGACAAACAACUCCAUUUUCUGUCCGUCCCCCCCCCCCCACCCCUACCCCAUUGAUCCUGCAUGGAUCGAACUGGUGCAAAGAGUGCCACCUCAUGAUGGCUUCCAGAUAUCCAGAAGAUACCACCAACCUCCACAGAGUGGUAUCUCCAUGGAUGCUUCUGCCCUGUUAACUAUUCUCAAUUCAGGGGAUUAGGAAAACGGGAUGAAAGGAGAAAUAUUGACCAGUAUCCCAAAUUUCCCCCCUCUGUGUAUUAGUGUAAAUCGCUAGGGCUUUUUAUCAAAGUUGGUGGAUGCUCACUGCCAGGGCAGCCUGUGCCCACACUAGGGGCAGAAGGAAAUGUGAGCUCCUGUUCUGUUCUCUCCGGUGUGCUGAGCAGCAGCCAAUAUUUCUACACUUAUUCUUACCAUGCUGUGUGACAGUCCCUGCAGAACUUCAUUCCCAGUUUCUCAUGGCCAUGGCAGUGAAUAUGCUUCACUUUUGUUUAUGGUCUUGGUUGACUAACAUCUUUCUGAAUCCAAACUAGCAGAAGUUUGAGUUUGUGAAGUAAGGAUUGAUCCCAGGAUUGUGAAACUAGAAGGUACAAAUCACUAUGGGAUAGACAUGUUUCCCUGCUUAUUUUAACUUUGAGAUUUAACAGAAGUUGUGCGGUCUUUAAGAUGCAUUGGAAUCUGCCAGAAUGUUUAUUAAUUGCCACAGAUUCUUGAAGAUUUACAGUUUAUAACAGUUUAUAAAUAAACUUUAACUCCCGUUAUGUUUUGGUGGUUUUCUAAAGCUAUUGUCUCUCUUCCACUGCAGGAGUUAGAAAGGAAUCAGGGUGAAUUCCUUUCUCAGAUGAAGUGUAGGUUACAAAUGAACUCAAAGUCUGCCCUACGUCUCUCCUCCUGAUCUACCCAGGCCCUCCCACACAUCAUCUUCUUUCCAACUAGCCCCUUAUCACCCAUCUUCUUCCCACUCUAUCUGACAAUUACCCACACACCCCACUGCCACUGUCUCCAUCUGCCUCAUUACCUCCCUUAUUCGGUUCCGUUCUUCACCUUCCUUUCCAAUCAACUUCCAUCAUGUGAUGUUGACUGUCCAUUUCCUUCUACAGAUAAGACCAUAAGAUAUAGGAGCAGAAUUAGGCCAUUUGGCCCAUCGAGUCUGCUCUGCCAUUUCAUCAUGGCUGAUCCCUUUUCCAUUUCAGCCCCAAUUUCCUGUCUUCUCCCUAAAUUCCUUCAUGCCCUGACUAAUCAAGAAUCUAUCAGCCUCUACCUUAAAUUUAUCCAUUGAUUUGGCCUCCAUGGCCGCUUAUGGCAAUAAAUUCCACAGAUUUACCACUCUCUGACUAAAGAAAUUCCUCUUCAUCUCUGUUCUAAUUGGACGCCACUCUAUUCUGAGGCUGUGUCCUCUGCUCAUAGACUCCCCCACCAUAAGAGACAUCCACUCUAUUUAGAGUAAUUUCAAUAUUUGAUAGGUUUAGAUGCUGCCUGACGUGCUGAGCUCUUGUUUAUCGCUCUAUAUUCCAGCACCUGCAUCUCUUGUGACUUGAUCUCAGAAGGUACAUGGUCCUCCAUGCAAAGCUGCUCAUUCUUGAGAGCCCUUCCCACCCGUGCUUCCUCACCAUCUGGUGCUCGUGCUCUCACCCUCCUACCUCUCCAGUAACCACCGUGCCACUCAUGUUCUAGAGCAGGUGACCACGACGAGUAGAGGCACUCUCCCACAGUUCCAGCGACCCUGAAGACUGGCACUGACCCUGUGGAGUUUGUAUGUUCUCCUGGUGGCCAUGUGGGUUUCCUCGUGGUUCUCCUGUUUCCUCCGAUGUUCAGAAGACAAGCUGGUUGGUAGGUUAAUUAGUCACUGUAAAUCGCCCCCCCAGUGUGUAGGUAAGUGGUAGAAUAUGAGAAUCAAAGGGGGGAGGGGUGGAGAUAACAAAACUACGGGGAGAGUCAAAACAAGAUGAAAUUGACUUGACAAUCGUGUAGGUGGGUGGCUGAUGGACAACCAGUACGUCUGUUUCUGUUCGGUACCGUAAAGCAUUCUCCUGAUAUGAGUGAGCUGCCAGAAGAAGUGGUGGAGCAGGUACUGUACAAUAGUAUCGCUUGGAUAGGUGCAGGGAGGAGGGAUAAGGGUCACACGGAAACUUGGGUGGACAACAGAGUCAGAGCGGCCUGCGACCGUGUAACCGAUGACACUUGGCCUCCAUCAGUGGCUCCACGUUGUCCCAGUACCUGUCAACUGAUGAUUGACCAAACCAUCUCCAAUUCAAUUAAAAACAAAUCAUGGAGCGCAAGCUUCAAUGCGAGCCAGCCAGAAAUGCGUCCCUCGUGAGCUGGUUGCUGUAAAUCACUUGUGUAACCACUGGAAUUUUCUCCAGUCUUCUCUCUCGAUGGGUACUUUCAAACCAGCUUCUCUGACCAAGUUUCCACUCACCCACUCUAUUUAUCUUAAUAUGUGACAGUUUGCUUGAUACUGGUCCUGCGUUUUAUUUUGUCACCAGUAUUCUGGGGAUCACUUUGAUGUGAGAUCAUAAAGAUGCAACAGUAAGCAACUCGCUAACAAGCAAGACUCAGGAAAUUGGAUCCCCCAAAACAGUGAACAGCAAAUUUGACUUCUGUGUUACUAGUUCAGGGAAUUGGGUCAGCGAGUUCAGAAUUCUUUUAUUGUGGUAUAUGGGAAUACAAAUACUUCCUUUAGAAAACAGUGUGUAUACAGCACAUUAAACUGAAUUAAACACAAAUGACCUGAUAAUUUAUUCAUAUAUUCAUAAUAACACCUCUAAUUUAUUCCUAAACUCACUGGUUGGUAAAUCUCGCUUUGUGAGAAUCCACUCACUUGAUCCUGUAGUACCAGUUGACACAAGGCAAACCAUUUCAUUUUUCUGGUACGGAGAGUAUGAAAUGCGGACUUUAGGAGAACUAAACCACAUCAGCAACUUAUCUCGAAACUGUUGACUAUCAAGUUGGAUUAUGUGUGGAAUUGCCAGCAUUUCCUCACAUAAAUGCACGCGAGCUAGGGAGUCCCUUUGCAGAUGUGUGUAAAUCCUGAACCUGCUGAGAGCUGCACCUUGCUUUCAGCAGACUUCCAUCUAAUCUGUAGGGCAAAUGAAGGACUGUUCAGCCAAUGUUACCUCCACUCUACAGCCAAAGUCACUCUAACCACAAUUUAUAAUUGCAGAUGAUAGUUGUGUAUGAAUGUCUUCAGGGACGACGUGCCAAGUCAUUGUGCACGAGGACAGGCCCUAUACUCAACAUCUGCAAAGCUAAGGUACUCAGCCAACCUGUCCCUAACAAUAAAAGUCCGCAAAAAGGCAUUAGGAAUCAAUUCCCGUCUACAGGAAAGAUAUCCCCUAUGUACAGGACAGAGUACAGAGAACAUUUAUAAGGGUGUUACCAAGUCUUGAGGACCUGAGAUAGACAGAAAGGGUGAAUAGGUUAUGGUAUUAUUCCCUGGAACAUCGGAGGAUGAGGGGAGAUUUGAUAGAGGUUAUAUAAAAUUAUGAGGGGUAUAGAUAAAUAUAAGCAGGCUUUUUCCAUGGAUGUUGGAUGUGACCAGAACAAGAGGUCAUCAAUUAAGGGUGAAAGAUGAAAUAUUCAAGGGGAACCCGGGGGGAAAUUUCUUCACUCAGAGGGUGGUGUGAGUGUGGAUCAAGCUGCCAGUGGAAGUGGUGGGUGCAGGGUUGGUCGGCAGUUAAGAUAAGUUUGGACAAGUACAUAGAUGGGAGGGGUAUGGUGCAGGUCAAUGGAAAUAGGCAGAAUAACAGUUCAGCACAGACUAGAAGGGCUGAAGGACCUGCUUCUGAGCUGUAUUAUUCUGUGACUAUAUUUCCUGUAUCUCAGAGCCAGCACUGUGUAAGGCAGAUGUCGAUGAUGAAAUUUGCCCAUCAUGUUGAGUUCAUCAGUCACUGCCUGUACUAUCCUGAGGAACGGUAUAUGGAGAUUAAGGUCCAGGAUGUAACACAAACCCUGACACCAGUCACUUCUGUCCUCCUGCACACUUCUAGGACCUUGCAGCAGGAAGCUAAGUGUAAACAGCAGAGGGAGUGCACGGCCUAACAACUGUGGCAGAUGCUGCACAUCCCACGUUGGCUCAACAGCUAACCCAGAAGCCACAGACUAGAGUGGAAGUAUGUCACCUUCAAGGCCAGAGCUGUCUAGAGGACAGUGGCACAUCUGCUGGAGAAGGUCACUAGGUUGCAUCCAGUGGCUAGCAAGCAGAAGAGCAGAAAAUUGGUUCUUCACAAUCAUUCUAAUGAGUCAGGUGAUAGGUUGUUGAGCUAAUGCACAUGCUCGGUUUCCAAUCAACAGCAAAUAAAAGGAGGUAAGUGGGUGGAAAAUCAGCCCUUUUCAUUAAGUGGAGCUCCAACUCUUGGUUUCACCCUGCCCUGUUUCCCUUUAUCCAGAAGCACUGGUGUGACAUUGAGCUCUCCUGUGAGAGGU